UUUCUUUCUUCUUCUUCUGCAAAAUGUCAUUUAAAACUGCUCCUAAUGAAAUCUUGAUUAAUAUAUUUAGCUUACUGGACAAAAAAGAUAUGUAUCCAUUGAUAUACGUAUGUAAACAAUGGCAUAUGACCGUAGUCCCACUCUAUUUUCAGAAUAUCCACAUCACAAAAAUACCUACCGAAAGAGAUGUGACUUAUAUAAAUGGAUGCUUCACCCAAGAACUCGCUAUCAGUAGUGUAUAUAACGAAUAUGGAUUGGCCAUUCUUAGUACACCUGAUAAACCAGCCUCUCUAUUAUUAUUUUCGUCUCUCCCAAAUUUGAAAAAACUGGAUCUUCAAGCUUUCAACAGGCCAGCUCACUACAUGUCUAUUUUGCAGGAUAUCACAGAUACAAAUAUGUAUUUACGGUACAUCGAAGAAAUUGGAAUUUGCCGGAUAAGUGCAGAAGAUAGUGUAUCACAUUUUCUAGCUUGUUACAACUUCCGUAAAUCGAUUAGACGACUUAGAACUUAUGUAAGCAGCAAUGCUCUAAUGUCAGCUACAUCGAAAGAUUUGAAUUAUUUUCUGCCGCAGUUUACGUGCUUGACUCAAUUAACAAUUACUAAUCAAUUCGGAGAUGACAUAACGUUGUUUGAUAUAUUAAUUUGCUGUGAAAAUAUUAUAGACCUCAAUUAUGCUAGCAGGUGCUUGGUUCCUUUCCGAGCAAAUAGUCAAGUUGGUUGUACAAGUAACAAGCAUUUAAAACGUCUUACAAUUUCUUCGCAAAUUAACUCACCAGCGUAUAUCGACUAUCUCCGAAUCAUACCGGCUUUGGAAUACUUAAAUUUAACUAUCGUUCAUUACCAUGAAGAAGAUGCUUUCAAAUUAUUUUCAGUGAUUGAACCAUUCGCUGAUGAAUUUCAAAAAUUCAAGGAAUUAAGAAUCAAUUUUAACGGUUACCUAUCGUUACCAAUUCCACCAUCACUUACGAAUGUGUUUUACAGUGUUUUAUGCAAGCUAAAAGGCGAUGGAAAUCGGCUAUAUGAUGCUACUCUUUGUACCCCCAGCUGUGCCACAGACAAUGUUAUCGCUAUUCAUGAUGGUAAAUUAAGUUUCAAAUACAUCUCCGAACAUGAAAGGCUUAUUGGUUCACACUUUAUUGAUAAUGUAAAGAAAAUUGUGAAAGGUCUAACAUUUACAGAAGAUCAGUUCUCUUACUGGGAAAUAUUAGACUAUGCAAAAGAAAUUCCUCGACUUGAAAAACUUUAUCUCUCAACGAGACUUUUCGAUUUCAGAAGCAUUGGAUCAGAAAUUAUCAUUAGUUGUUCUAACCCUUGGGAGGCUUUAUUGGAUCAAUUUCACGCUUAUUCACCUAAAGCAGAAACCAUCACUUUUGAUCGAAAUGAUAUUUUUUGUACCCGAUCAACACGCACACUCACAUGGGACCUUACAGCCUAUACAAGCCUCAAAGUAUUUAAUUUUCAUGUUAAUCCUGUAAAAGCAAUAGAUUACGAUUUUGUGUUCUUCAAAUUCGAAUAUGACGACUUUCAUUGCUACAAAAGGAUUGUGUUUCAUAAUGAUAAGAAGAAGAAUAUCCCAGUCACCAUCAGCUCGUCCCUAGAACGUACCAACUAUAUCCGUAAUGUCACCAUCAAGCUUCAUAGUCGAUCAGUCAAAAUAAAUUGUGCGCCGAAUAGUUUAUUCACAUUAGAAUCUGUAGCAUAUUCGUAAACAAAAGGAUCGUUUCGAUUUACCGAAUAUAAUCUUUUUAAAUCUUCCUCUUAUACAGCAGUAAAUUUGAUAAGUACUUGUAUCUGUAAGCCUUAAUUCCACAUCUAAACUUUACACUCAUUACUAUCAUGUAUCAUAUCUUAUCAACCUUUUCUCAAUAAAGUAGAAUGC